AUCCAACCCAUCCCACUCCAAUGUUCAAGAAAACCUCACAAAACCAAUCCCUUUCUUUUCACUCAUUGAAAAGCAUUUCAACAAACAUGUUCAAGGCAUCUUCUUCCCUCACCUUUCUCUGUUCUCUCUUCUUCGUUUCCGCCAUAGGCGCCACUCCCUCAAGCUUCCUCAAAUCCUCCUGCAGCACCACAACUUACCCUUCCGUUUGCGUCGAAUCUCUCUCCGCCUACGCCUCCACCAUCCAGCAAGAUCCUCACCAGCUGGUCCAGACCUCCCUGUCCCUCAGCCUCAACACAACCCUCUCCACCAAGGCCUUCGUCGCAAAGCUCAACAAGUUCAGAGGCCUCAAGAGCAAAGAGAACCAGGCUCUCCAUGACUGCCUGGAAGAGAUCGGCGACAGCGUCGAUCGGCUCAGCCGAUCUAUCAAGGAGCUCAAGCUCUGCGUCAAAUCUAAGGGUCAGGACUUCGCGUGGCACAUAAGCAAUGUCGAGACGUGGGUGAGCUCUGCGAUUACCGAUGAAAGCACUUGCACUGAUGGAUUCGCCGGAAAGGCUUUGAAUGGCAGAAUCAAGAGUUCUAUAAGGACCAGAAUGCUUCGUGUUGCUCAGGUCACUAGUAAUGCUCUUUCUCUCAUCAAUCACUACGCCUCUAAACACUGAUCAGAAAAUGUUGAUCUGUGUGUGUGUGUGUGGGGAUUCGUUUGUGGAUUGAAUCUGAAAAGACGAUGAGGAUAAAGAACUGAAGAUUUUGCUUUGAGAACCAUUUCAGUAUGGUUGUUUUUUUUUUUAAUUAAUGAGUGUUUUAUAUGUGGUGUAUACAGUUAAGAAUCCAAUAGAAUAUGAAACCCUUGUUAUACUUAAUAUAUGUUUUUUAUGUUGA